AGCGCAACUGCUAACGGCUGACUCGUCGUCGUGGCAAGUCGACAGCGGAAGGAGAUAGGCCGGGCAUACUCACUCACAAUCGCACUUUUUCACUUUUGGACGGAACUGCGGCCAGAUGCAUACGACGAGUCCGGCCGUAAAUACAGUCCGGUACAUCUAAGAUAGUGGCAGUGUGAGCACGCCUUUAGGUAGUUCGUAGUAGACGCGAUAGUCGUGUUCGAGGGAAGAACCACCGUAGUCGAGAAGAAGAGGGAAGUACCACCAUAGUCGAGAAGAGGGAGGGAAGAGAAACACCAUAGCCGAGUUUGACGGAAGAGAAACACCAUAGCCGAGUUUGACGGAAGAGAACCACCAUAGUCGAGAAGAAGAGGGAAGAGAAACACCAUAGCCGUGUUUGACGGAAGAGAACCACCAUAGUCGAGAAGAAGAGGGAAGAGAACCACCAUAGUCGAGAAGAAGAGGGAAGACGCACUAUAGUCGAGAAGAAGCACCAUAGCCAAGUUGGACGUAAGAAGCACCGUAGCCCAGUUUGAGUGACGAAGAAGCACCAUAGCCAUAGCUGAGUUUGAGGGAAGAAGAAGCACCAUAGCCAUAGCCGAGUUUGAGUGAAGAAGAAGCACCAUAGCCAUGGCUCUCGCAGGGCGAAGGGGAAACGCAAGACUGCCGCCGGAGGUGAACAGGGUGUUGUAUGUCAGAAAUCUUCCUUUCAAUAUCACUGCUGAUGAGAUGUACGAUAUCUUUGGGAAGUAUGGCGCCAUUCGACAGAUCAGAAUAGGUACGACAAAGGACACACGCGGGACCGCCUUCGUCGUCUACGAGGACAUCUACGACGCCAAGAAUGCGGUCGACCAUCUUUCGGGUUUCAAUGUCGCUAAUCGGUACUUGAUUGUCCUCUAUUACCAACAGGCAAAGAUGAGCAAGAAGCUCGAUCAGAGGAGAAAAGAGGAGGAGUUAACGAAACUCCAAGAGAAGUACGGAGUAGCGCCUGGCGAUAAGAAGUAGACGUAGACGAGGGUUCAAACCAUCAUCAUAUCAUCAUCUGGACGGCUCAACGAGAAAAUAAAAAACUCGAUCAAAGCAGAAAAAAAAAAAAAAAAGUGGAGAAGUUUGACAAAAACCCCAAGGAGAAUUACGACGUGCUGCUCCCCAAGCAGAAAAAAGAAGACGUAGCGCCUGUGGAGAAGAAGUAGACGAGGGUUCGAACCAUUAUCAUCUGGAGGGGUCAACGAGAAAAGAAACGCGGCGACCAGAGAGAGAAGUAAAGAGGAGGGAGAGAGGAACUGACACAAACUCCACCAGAUUGGAGGGAGGGAGAGCGGGAGUAGGGAGUAUCAUCGCUUGCGGAGGAAGAGAAGGAGACGAGGGUUCAAACCGCCAUAUGAACGGCCCAACGAGAAAAGAAACGCGGCGACCAGAGAAGGAAAGAGGAGGAAAGAGGAGGAGCUGGCAAUACUCUGAGAGAGAGAGAGAGAGAGAGAGAGAGAGAGAGAGAGAACGCAGACGAGGGAUCAAGUCACCACGGGGACGGCUCAACGAGAAACAAAUUCGAUCAGGGGGAGCUGCCACAACUUUUAAGAGAAGUAUAAGUAUGGCGCAGCGCCUGAGGAGAAAAAGUAGAUGAGGGGUUCAAAGCACAAGCACCUGGAGGCUUCGACUAGACAGAAACUCCAUCAGAGAGAAGGAAAGAGGAGGAGCUGACAAAAAAGAACUCCAACGAGAAGGAAAGAGGAGUAUCGCCUGCGGAGGAAGAGAAGGAGAGAAGGAGACGAAGGUUCAAAUCCCCACGUGGCCCACGUGGACGGCUGAACGAGAAUGGCGACGGAUCUGCAUCGUCGAUUCUUUCUGCUUAUUUGUAGGAUGGUGAUUUUAACACAGCGACGAUAUAUCAUUCUUGAGCUGCUGGAUUGAUUCCUCUAAGCCCGGGGACGAGGUUCUACUAGCAAAGAGGAUUCGUUUUAAUGCAUGCAUGUGGACGUGUUUGUGGAGAGGUGCGGAGAUUUCGACGGACGGAUCUGAUUUUCUGCAUCAUCCAGAUUCAGGCGCAUAAUCCAAUCCAACUUUGCUACUGGGAACUCGCCCCGGGCUUUCUUGCGGCUGCUGUUGGGCAUCUCUCUGUGAGGCUGUGGGGCUCUAGCAGUGGGCGUGUCUGUAUGUGGCCUUUUUUCUUCGACAGGGUACAGUAGCUGGGGGCUUGUAUGUUGCCUUAAUCUUGACAGUGUGGAGGAGGAUGUCUGUAUAACAAUCACCCUUUCUUCGACGUUCCGAAGCUGAGAUACUUUUCUUGUUAAGCGCGCUCUGGUGUGAAUGGGACUCCUCGUUCUUCUUGAGCCGCUGUGAUAAAUUUACGAUUGCACU